GUGGGUGAUAUGCUCCGGCCCAAGCUCCCCUCUUUCUUUUCUUUCCAAGAUGGCGGCGGAAAUGCGAGUGACUGUCUCUCAACUCUUGAAAGGGAUCGAUCGGUAUAAUCCAGAAAAUCUCAAGGUUCUAGAGCACUAUGUCCACUUACAGGUGCAUGAGAAUGCCUAUGAUCUUGAUGCCAAUCUAGCCGUUCUGAAGCUAUACCAGUUCAACCCAGCAUAUUCACAGACCUCUGUCAUCUCUCAGAUCCUUCUCAAAGCCUUGAUGAAUCUACCUAAUGCUGACUUUAUCAUGUGCCGAUGUGUUAUUGAUGAUGCAAUUCAACAAGAUUUGACAAUCAAGAAAGUGAUCCUGUUGGCAGAGCGGCUUGAAACCUGUGCAUUCACCUCUGCAUGGCAAUUCAUUAAGGAAGAGGCCAGCCUAGUUGAUGGUGUGACUGGGUUCCAUGACGCUAUCAGAAAUUAUAUCACCUAUGUUAUUGGAGUGACAUAUCAGACAAUAGAAGAAAGCCUGGCUUCUGAACUGCUUGGUGGCUUGCAAGGAGCACAGCUUCAAGACUGGAUCAAGGCCAAGGGAUGGAUGUCUAGUGACGAUGGCACAAUAUACGUGACUAACCAAGAAGCCCAUAUAAAAUCUAAGAACAUUGCUGAGAAGAUAGAUUUUGCCAGUGUUGCAAAUAUCAUUGCCGCUGCCAGAUGAAAACAACUUGCAGAAUUGAUCACACCAGAUGAACUUUCAACCAGAGUCUCCGUCUUAUUUAUAGGAUUUUAGGGGUUGCUUGUCCAUGUCAUGUUUUAAUGCCUUAAACCUAGAUUCCUUGGUUCCUUUUCACUAUAAAUCAAUCCAUAGUGUUAACAGUACAAGUGUUGUUUUCGGAAUGGAGGGGAAGAAGAAAAUUGUUGGCUUAGGAUGUGUUUUCAAGUGACAAGUCCAUGUAUGACUAAUACCAUGUAAUAAAGACAAGGAGAAAAGA